GGGCCCAACCCUCUGGUCAGAAUGGGCCUGACCUCUGCAUAUGGGCUCCCAAGAGAGGAGAGGAGAGGAGAGAAGAGGAGUCCGACUACAUGAUGGAUUGGGAAGGUCGUCUUCUCCAUCUCCGUCUGGCGUCUUCUCAGACUGACCCAACAAACAAUACCAUAACAAACAUUCACAGUGUUGCCUUCACUUCACUUGAGCCAAUCAGCUUCAGUUCUCUUUCGGCUGCAGCUUCUUCGUUUGCUUCGUUCGUUCAGAGGCAGAUUGAUCUGUUCGACUCCCGGCGAUGUGGCCGCCAACGGCGAUCUCUUUGCGUUGUCCUUAUGCAACUCCUCCUCCUCCUCCAGCUGCUGCUCCACCGCUUGAUUCCUGGAAGAAAUGCACCCGGUCGUCCCCUCCCUAUCAAUUCAAUUUCAGACCUUUGAAGCUCAGGGCUUCCUCCUCCUUAGAUUAUCCCCUUGCCAGCAGAAUUGUCGUCAAAAAUUUACCAUAUUCUGUGGGAGAGAGUACUUUGCUGAAGGGAUUCUCCAACUUCGGCCAUAUAGCUGAAGUUAAGCUUGUUAAGGAUAAAGCGACGAUGAUGUCAAAAGGUUAUGCGUUCAUUCAGUAUACUUGCCAAGAAGAAGCCGUACUCGCCCUGGAAAAUAUGGACCAUAAGAAAUUCGACGGCAGGUUGAUUUACGUGGAGCUGGCUCGGCCUGGGAAGGAAGCAUUCUGUGGGGCUCCGAGGACAUGUGGACCUCCUGCUCCUACUGGAGAGCUCUUACAGAAGAACGAUGAGGUGCUGGAGUAGGCUAGGCUGGGAAACCAUUGAACAUUCAGCUGUCGGUGUGGCUGAAGAAAGAAAGCUUUAGAAAAUUUUGUGCCAGUGAGGAAGCUUUCUCGUGUCUGUUCGCGGUGGAUCCAGGUUCUGCAGAUUGCGAAUGUUAUACCGUGGUGUCACGAAAAUAAACUCGGCCUUGUGGAGAAUAAUGGGGUAGGGUAAAUAUCGGAGCAUGAUUUCUUUAACUUUGGAAGCCAAGGGGGAGAGUUGCUUGGCAUGGACGUAAUAUGUUCGGGUACCAACAAGCAGUCCCUUACCAUCAUCAACUGAAGAAUUUCUGAUAAUGUACAAUUGAUGAAUGGAUCCGGUAAAUUUAUCGCACGAACAAA